UAGCUUUCAAAAAUGCCAAGAGCGAAAGGAACAGCUCCAAGUGCUUAUAUCUUUUAAAAGUACCUUGCCAAAAGUCUCGCGAUGAAUUUUACAGGUUGAACUGAGAGUUGGUUACCGUAGUAACGCAAAUAACGCCCACAGCGACGUUUAUUUAUGUGAUAAUUUAACUAGCGAGUUAGCUGUAUUUCGACGUCAAGACACGACAAUGUCUAGAAAGAGACAAAAAGAGAAAGCAGACAAGGCACCGGUUGAUGACGAGGCCUCAAAAAAUGCAGGACCGACUCCAAAUGAAAAAAUGCCUGCUCAGACCUUUGAUGAAUAUCAGUGCUCAGGCAAUGUGAAGAUUGACUUCCCUGGGCUUUGUGCUCUUCUAAAGAUGAAGAAUAUCCCAACUGUCAGUGCCAAGCAACCAGCCACCACUGAAACUGAAGGAGGGGGUAGAGAAGCUGAGGCAAAAAAAAAGUGGAGUAAUUUGAGGGACAGGCUACGCAAAGAGAUGAGACUACAAACAAUCUCAAAAAGUGGAGCAACAGCUGGUUACAGGAGCUCCCUGUCAAACCUUAGAGCACCUAAGCCAUGCCUCCAAGUGGAGCUGGAGAAUGAAGACCCCCACAGUGCCAAGAAGCUGAAGGUUUCUGGAUGGAAGGUAAAUGAGCAGAUUGCCAGAGUGCUACAGAAGAUGCUUCUUUCCUUGAGCAAGCUACAGAGCCUUCAGUUUUGGCAGGCAAGACUGACAGAUCAAAUGGUAAUCUCCCUUAUGAACACAAUAUCACAGUGCUCCAACCUCAGAGCUGUGACGUUGGAGGGGAACCCUCUUCCAGAGCGGAGCUACCACCUUCUUCUCUCUGAAGACAGCGCCCUCACUCACUUGUCCCUGCGAAAUAACCGGAUAGGAGACGAGGAUGCUCGUCUAAUCGGCUUGGCUCUCUCAACAACCAGAUCUGCAAACAAGAACCUCUUGUCACUCAACCUGGCAUUCAAUUCUAUCGGUGAUGCAGGUGCUACACAUAUUGCACAGGGCCUGCGGUUAAACCGUGCUUUGCUCUUUCUCUCACUGUCCAACAAUCAGAUUGGAGACUCAGGAGCUGCUCAUCUGGCUGCGAUACUUGGUGAGUUUGCUCUCACUCAUGAAGAAGUUGUGGAAAGGAGGAAGAUGCUUCUGGAAAGAAGUCAGUGUUCAUCUUUUAGGGUUGAUUCUGACCAACCUGCUGAUCCCUCAGUCGUCAGCAGCACUACACUGAGCAUCAGCAAAUACAAAAAAAAGGACACAACCAAAAAAGACGAGAAACCAGCUGCCCACAAAGAGAACCCAAAGUCUAACAAGAAAUCUUCUGAUAAUAAGGUGUCUCAAAGCAAAGGUAGCAAGCAGGGCGGCAAAGAGAAACAACUAUCUGCACAGGAGGAUAAAUCAAGUACUGACCUGAAUGAGGGAGAGUCGUUGGAGAAAGCGAGCCCCCUGCUGGACCAGUCAGUUCAGCACAGAGACGGUGACCUAGUUCUGCCUGGGAACAGAACUCUCACCUCACUCAACCUGGCAGGAAACAGAAUUACAGAGAAGUCACUGCCCCUGUUCCUGACAUCACUAGAGAUGCAGGGUGAGGGAGGAGGCCUGCUGCGUCUCUGUCUGCAGAGAAACCGCUUCCCGCCAGACUGUGAGUGUUAUGUGAAGAUAAAGCAACUGAUGGCACUCACAGAUCCACUAGAAUAAAACAGCUCUGAACAGACAGAAGAGGAGGAGAAGUAAUCUGAUACUACAGACUUAACUGUAUACUUAUCGUUUGGUAUAUUACAAUAAAAAUAUGUUGUCCUC